GGAGGGCCGCUCCCUCGCUCGGCAGCCAUGGCGGAGCUGGGCAAGAAGUACUGCGUGUACUGCCUGGCGGACGUGAGCGGUCUGCGGCUCCGCUGCACCGAGUGCCAGGACGUGGAGCUGUGCCCCGAGUGCUUCUCGGCGGGCGCCGAGAUCGGCGGGCACCGGCGCUGGCACGGCUACCAGCUGGUGGACGGCGGGCGGUUCGCCCUGUGGGGGCCGGAGGCGGAGGGCGGGUGGACGGGCCGCGACGAGCAGCUGCUGCUGGACGCCAUCGAGCAGUUCGGCUUCGGCAACUGGGAGGACAUGGCGGCCCAUGUGGGCGCCCGCGGGCCGCAGGAGGUCAUGGAGCACUACGUGGCCAUGUACAUCCACGGCAACCUGGGCCGCGCCUGCAUCCCCGAGCUCAUCCCCAACCGGGUGACCGACCACACCUGCCCGGCCGGCGGCCCGCUCUCGCCCAGCCUCACCACCCCGCUCCCCCCGCUCGACAUGGCGGCCGCCGAGCAGCAGCAGUUGGGCUACAUGCCGCUCCGCGACGACUACGAGGUGGAGUAUCUGCAGGACGCCGAGGCGCUGAUCAGCGGCCUGGCCGUCAACUACGACGACGAGGAUGUGGACAUCGAGCUGAAGCGGGCCCACGUGGACAUGUACGUGAGGAAGCUGCGGGAGAGGCAGCGGCGCAAGAACAUGGCCCGGGACUACGGGCUGGUGCCGGCCUUCCUGGGCAAGGAGAGGAAGGAGAAGGCGCUGAAGAGGAAGGUGACCAAGGAGGAGAAGGAGCUGCGGGUCAAGCUGCGGCCGCUCUGCCAGUUCAUGUCCUGCAAGGAGUUCGAGGACUGCUUCGACAACCUGCACAAGGAGCGGGCGCUGCGGGCCAAGAUCCGGGAGCUGCAGCGCUACCGGCGCAACGGCAUCGCCAAGACCGAGGAGUCGGCGGAGUACGAGGCGGCCAAGCACAAGCGAGAGAAGCGCAAGGAGAUGAAGAACAGCGCCGGGGCCAAGCGGGGCAAGGACGACGGCGGCAAGGAAGCGGGAGCGGAGUUCAACUCCAUGGAGAACCUGCCCGGCUUUGACCUGCUGUCGGAUCGGGAAAAAGUACUGUGCAAUUCGCUCAACCUCAGCCCGACCCGUUACCUGACCGUCAAGACCAUCAUCAUCAAAGACUAUCUGCAAAAAAGGCAGGGCAUCCCUUCGAAGAGCCGUCUGCCCAGCUACCUCGACAAGGUUUUAAAGAAGAGGAUACUGAAUUUCUUAACAGAAAGUGGCUGGAUAUCCAGGGAUGCCUCUUGAUGUUUAACUUCCCUGAAACAAACUGCUUAUUUCUAGUCACGCCAUCUCCCAAGAGCUUUUUUUAAAAAAGAGUUCGUAAGGUGAACGUGGCUUGAGGUGUGCUCGUACUUGUUUUUCUCAUGGGGUCUGGACGCAACGUUUUCGUAAGAUUUGAAAUUUUGCAAAGCAUAACAGGCCUGUAAACUCGAUUGGUAUCUUGGAAGAGACUGGUAAAUAUUUAAACAAGUUCUGUUUGAUGGAACCUGAAGUAUGACCAUGAAAAUGCCUGUGUGAGAUAAAGAGGCACUAGUCUCAGCUGCUGUCAUCGGAGUCAGAAUUUAAGAAAAUCAGACCUUGGAAGUCAAAAUGUCACCUUAUCUUAUUCCAUUGAAGUUCAGAGCCGCACAUGGAUCCAUUCUUGCCAAAUCUUCUGGCUUCGUGCCGCAACAAUUGUUUUACUAAUAUUCUAGUGGAAAAAAGACUCUUGUAUCAGAUUAUUGUUGUAUUUAAUAGGUUCGUUGAGGAACUUUGCAGUCUGACUGAUACAUUUUUCUGCUUGUUGAUUCCGUCACGGGUAAAGAUAGAGAAAGGAAGCCAAUGCCUGUCCCGAUGUAGGAGAGUGGCAGGUUCCACUGACUGAUUCUCUUAAUUUCCUGUGGUAAAGAAUGAGCAAAUAAUUGUCUGAAUGGCAGUUCUUAAAGUAUUAUUUCUGAUGUCAUAAGUUAUGUUUAAAAAAUUACUCAUUUCUGGAAACUUGUGUCCCAAGGACUCCUGGGUUUAACUGGGAUGUGGGAGUACCAGAAUCGCUCGCAGAAAGUCAGAUGUUGGAUCCAGAAAUUCAACCGUCGGAUGCAGUACUGCCUUAACUCGAUUCAGAAAAGUCCAGGAAUUAUACCUUUUGACUAAUGAAAGAUUUCAUCUGACUUUCUGAAAGUGUUUGGUGUAAAGAAAUCUAGAGAAAUUGAGUCAGCUAUUUCAAUAGGGUUUGAAAUGAGCAAUGGCCCACUGAUCUAGUCUUAUGUAUGGUUCAGAACGGACUAGUGAUAGUUAAGUGUGAUUGGUCCAAUAGAUCAGUUAAGUCCAUUCCCAAACCAUUGCACUGUACUACCCUGCUUCUACUCGCAGAAAGUUUGCGGAGACUUUAUAAACUGCCUUCAGCAAGCACUUGUACGUGUAUAAAUGUGCAUUGAUUUUGUUUUAAAUUCCUGUAUGUUGCGGAAAAACACUGGGUUUAAUGCAUAGAAUUGCCAGUUAUUGACUUUGGUGUUUAGUAAUGUGCAAGCCUCAAUUUUGAACCUUAUUUAAAGCUUUUCAGUUUUGGCGCUACCAGAAGCUGUAGCAAUUUUUUAGCCCCAAUUUCCAUUUCCUUCCUUCAGGUCAUCUUCACACAAUAACAUUUCCCCCCCAUCCUCCCCACCCCUCUCCUGGAGGAGAUGGUCAGGAAUUCUGCUCCAUGGUGGUUGCUACACUGUCUAUUGUGAGUUAUGUGAGAGCAAGUGCUGCUUCUCUUUCCUACUUAUUUAAUUUAUUUCCCUCCCCUCUCGUUGGUGUGGGGAAGCAGCUUGCCUUUACUCCAUACUUUCCCAAAAAAGUACAGAAACUGGGGACUUCUAUUGGGAAACGUAAUACCAUGUUAAGUCCACUGUGACAUAGCCUUCAAACUCUAUGCUUUCAAACUCUAGUAGAAAAGCUAGUGAUGACUAGGAUGAGAUUUUUUCAAUCAAAAUUACUGUAUAUUUGUUUGCCAUAAAGUAAGGGCUGCCUGCCACAUACCCAUCCAGGUGGACUGUCACCCUGAAGUUGUUUGUGGCAUAAAACAGUGAGGAAAUAAUGCACAUGUAUACAUUGCCAUAACAUAUUUGUUGCAGAUUGUUUUGUAAAAGAAUGAUGUGGAAGACACUUAAUGGGUAGAAAAGGUGCUUGGUUUAUAGGGACCCGCAAUUUGCAAAUGAUAGGUUCUGGAUGCUGAAGAUUGCACUUUUGAGGUCGAAGUUAGUAGUUCAUGAAUGGCAAUACAUUUAUUGCCUAAUGGACAAUUUUGUUGGAAUGGACAAAAAAAGAUGGAACUCGAGGAUACUAAGCAUCGAAAAUAUUCAAGAAGUAAGCUGACCACCUAACUCAUUGGUCUCUGGUUAUACGUUUGGCAACCAGCCAGCCAGGCUCAUCAGUAGGAUGUGGAGGUAUUAUUCCCACUCGGCUCCCGUUAACCCUGCAAGCCAAAGCCCUAAAGAUCCUACCUGGACAAGCAAGUGGGAUGCUUGCCAGAAUUGCUUUCAUUGGCAAUCUAUGUGGUUUUAGUUGGUAAACUUAAGCAGUACAACAAUGCACACGCUGAGGUUCCCAAGUCUUGGCUUUUGCCAACCUGUGACCAGUACUCCCUGGCAUUAGGUAAGCACAGUGGUCCCUCCAGGGAGAGAGUCCACUUUCUAUUCCAGCCAUGGGAAUUUUCAUGGGCAAGUGGCAUGCAUGAACUUUGUCUGGUUUGCAUAGUGAUGGUAUUCCGCAUAUGACAGACACCUGGCUGACUGGAAAAUAUAUAUUUUUUAAAAGUUUGGCAUUGCAGCACCCCACGAUUAUCUUUAUAUCAAGGGAGUUCUAUGUGAAACUCGUGUAGCAAUAGAAGUCAUGGGAUAAUUUGGUUGGAGGUGCAUUUAAAGCUAUUGAUCCACUGCCCAGCUUCAAGCACCACAUCAUUCCAAGUGUCCUGUUGAAUUCCUUUUUCAUGUCAGAUUAAAAUUGUAACAGCAUUGUUUAUGUGAGAGAAAUCGCAUCAGUCACCAUAACAUUGUGACCAUCGUAUGUCCUUUGUGCCUGUUCUUAUCAUUGGAAUAUUGGCUUGGGGGAGGAGUUGAGCUAGUUCAUGUGAGAGAUGUGAAUUAAUUAGUUAAAAUGGUAAUAUGACCAGAGAGUCCUUGAGUUCCUCUGUUGAUAAUUCAGCUCUUGCACUGCUGGUUUCAGUAACGCCUGAUAAAGUGUAUUGUAGUUCACUUUUGGAAAGGAUACAGAGUUACUGGCUUUAAGAAAGGAUUGUGAGAUUUUAGAAACUAGAUAGAUCAUCUCUUAUUUUAGUGAAUUAUUUUCUUCCACUUUUUGUCUGAGGUCUCCUUCCUUUUGAUGUUGCGCAAUAUGAAGAUGGAUGGACAGGAAUGAAUCCCAAAGGUGUAGGAAGUCAACUGGUGAUGUGCAUUCCAUCUCUAUUUACAUUUCAUUCCUGUAUUGUAUAAUAUAUAAAAAGUGCCUCAUUUUGCCUUGGAUAUUGAAAAAUGUCUGGUAAAAAGCUAGACUGAGUUGACUAUAUUAGUCGUUGGGUGAUUGGAAUCAAAGAAAAACAGGCACCUGACACUGGAUGUGUAAGAACAUGCAAAUUACACAAAGCCUCUGCCUUCCACUAGAUGACUGGAACAUAUUAGUAUACAGUUGGGAACGCGUUACGAGGCUAUAAGAAAGAUGCUUUCUUUUGACUUUCCUUUCAUACUUUACUCAAUUAUUUGAAUCCAAAGUCUAUUACCAAAUUGCUUCAUUCUUUUACAAUGUGCAUAUUUCUUUCCUCUUUCAGACCUUUUCUGUUAUUUUCAUUGUUAUCCUCUAUAGCACCUUUUUGUAUGACUGCAUUGGCAGGGCGGUGGCAUUGUAACAUAAUUAUGGUAGGGACAGGGCAGCUGGCAGGAGUGUGUUUAGCUUAGUGGACCAUUGAAUACAUUCCAGAGUCGAUGAAUGCUUCGCUUACGCUAUUGCAUGUGGAAAAUGUAAGCUUUCUUGCAUUCUGCUUUCAAUGAGCACUAGCCUUUUCCCCUCUGGGACAUGGAAUUGGAAUUCAUCCCGAGUAACUGGGAUGGAACUGUCUUUUUUGGGGUCCUGUUGCAAAAGUUCACUUUUUCAGACUUCUGAACCCAGCCAAAGGUGGCGAUAGGAUGAAGAUCUAGUGAUGAAAAUGGGAAUGGCUUGCACUGGUGGAAUGGGAGGUGCCUUUCUCUUUGUGGUUGAAGUUAAAGGAUAUUUUUGAAGUUGAAGGAAUUUUACUCAAUUUCUUUCUCAACUUUUUGUGCUGUCUGACCUGGGAGUGCUGACACUGAUGAAGUAUAUUUUCAUCUCAGCACUAAUGCUUUCCUUUAAUGUUCGCAAAAAAUGACUAGAAAUAUAUAUUUCUAAUCAAUUUAUAUAUUUCUAGUGAAGGGUGUAUGGGAUGCAGAGAAUUUGCUUUAGUUUUUAUUUAAUGACUUGCUUUAACUGAAUAUCAAUGAUUUUGGUCAGUGAGUGGAACCAUUAUCUUGUUAUCUGUAUGAUAGAAGGAUGUGCAGAUCUGAGACUUUCAGUUAUCUAAAAUCUAAGGUUGUAUCAAAUCAUCAAGCAUUCACAGCUAACUAUUUCUUUAUUGGAAUAUACAUGCAGGAAAAGUUCAGUCAGUGUAAGCUGUUGUUUCCAGUCUAGGUAAUAAAUUGUUUUUGUUCAGUGGUGGUAUGUUGUUUGAAAGUAAUGAGAAGCUAUUUUUCUGUUUGUCUGGAAGAUGCACUGAUGUUUUCUUUUAAGGGAUUUGUUUCUUACCAGAAAAUGAAUCGCACUUUUCCAACAGAGUGAGAAACUCCGUCUUUUCACUGUGAAAUUUGUACACAAGUUAAGUAAGGUGCUGGAUGAAGCCAGUUAAAUCAUCUGGCAAUUAUAAAAAUGAAACUUCUUUGAGCUAUUAUUGCCCUUUUAAAUUCACAAAUUAGUUACUCUGAGGAUUGUGGUUUAUAUUUAGGUGCUGAGAAGAGUGAGAGACUGCCUGACAAAGUUGAAAGCUGAUAAAAAGUUGCAGUGAUGUGGAAUCUUCAAUGUAUAUAAACAUCAGAUAGUUCGUGUUACUGUAUAGUGUUAAAUUGUGUUAUUUUGAGCAAGGGGAUGGUGUUGAAGUUUACUAAAAUGAAUGAGUCUGCCUUCUGAAUAGGAGAUAACAGAAGAGCACUGGUGGGAGGUAAGGCAGAUUUGAAAUUCUUGUGCUGUCCUCAUUGGCAAUAAUAUUGGAGAAGUUCAUACAAUCACCUGUGAUGUGACUGUUGCAGUUUAUGAUGUUCCCAACCUAUCUUUUUUCUUUAAAUUAUACAAGUACAAACUUAAGUUUUUCUUUUAUAUAUUUCCGUUGGUAUCUUCAGGAAGAGAGUUUUUUUACAAUACAACAUUUAUAGUCUCACAUGAUAGGAAACGAUAGAGUAAACUUUAUACCCUGUUUUACUAGGGUAAUCACUGUGGCCUGUGUGCAUAACAAUAUAAUAUUCAGGAAUGUAGAAUAACAAACAAACACUGUUUCUAUUAUAUUGAUUGCUUUAUUUUGGAUAGUUUAUUUAAUUGUAGACUCCCCCCCCCCCCCCCCGCUCAUACAUACACACAGAUUCUCUUAUUUUGAUCGCCUCCAGACGUCAUUGUGGCUUGGAUUUAUACUCUGUUCAGUGUUUCCACUCAGACAUUACUUCCAUCAGUAGCUAGCAGUUCUGUACAAAGAUGGUCUGGAACACAGUGUGGUAACUGAUGGACUUUGAGAGACUUUGUUUUUCUGACUUACUACAAAAUUUGUACAUUGUUUAUUUGUGAUAUUUAAUGACAUUACUUUGUAAAUGUGAAUAUUUGUAAUUAUGAAACAGUCUGUGACCCUUUGAGGAAUUUUUUUUAAAAGCUUAAGUUGUAGCAAGUGUGUAGGUUUAUUUUGGAAAAACAGCAAACUUAAUGUGUGUUUGAAAAGUAAGUAUCUAAAUUUUUUAUUUCUGAGAUCUCUGUAAGAAUCAGGGUUUCUGGUAUAACCCACCCUGUCUCCUCAAUGCUAAAAGUUCUUUGCACCUUUCAAAUACCCAUUUCAUCAUGUAACAGUCAUAAAAUAGUGCAUUAUUUUUGUAAAUUUUUAUUACUAGAUUUUCAAGAUACACGAGAAAAAUGUAAAGAACUGCAGGCACUUCUUAACUCUUUUUUUAAAUUUUUUUUAGAUUUUAUUUUGGUGCAGCAGUACUACUGCAGUCUCCCAGGGUUGGAUAGGGUAAUCUGUUCUGAAAUCCAUGUAUGUAUUUGUUUCUUGGGGGGAUGAAUGUAAUACAUUCAAGGCAAUUUAUAUACUGUAAUAGUGUUCUGGAAACAAAAGUUGUGUACAGAGUAAGACACUAAAGGAUUAAAAACUGGGUGCGUUUUAUCAGUAGCAA